UAGAGUAGGUUGCUUUUGUCGUCAUUUGUGGUUAUGUCAUGCUUAUCUUAGGCAUAACGUUAGUACAGGUAGUACAUGUAUAAUGCCAUUAAUAAAUAGUAACUCAUAAUAGUAAUUAGUACUAAUUUUGUGUUAGCCCUACAGCCUUAAUCAUAUCCAAAAUAUCUUACUUACCUUUCCUUUAUAACAAUUUAAUGUAACUUAUAAAUGGUUAAAGAAAACACUAUGCAGAAACGACAAGAAUUAAGGCAGAUUGCUAAAUCAAGUAGUGGAACAAGGGCAGUACAUAGUCAGUCAAGACCACCCACUUCUGGAAGUUCAGGAGUGUUGAUGGUUGGACCCAAUUUUAAAGUUGGGAGAAAAAUAGGAUGUGGUAAUUUUGGAGAACUAAGAUUAGGAAAAAAUCUGUACAACAAUGAGCAUGUUGCAAUAAAAUUGGAACCAAUGAAGUCCAAAGCUCCUCAACUUCACUUAGAAUAUAGAUUUUACAAGUUGUUAGGGAACAGUGAAGGAGUACCAAAUGUAUACUACUUUGGACCAUGCGGCAAAUACAAUGCAUUAGUCAUGGAGCUACAUGGACCCAGUUUAGAAGAUUUGUUUGAUCUCUGUGAUAGGAAGUUCACUUUGAAGACUGUGUUACUAAUUGCUGUCCAACUUCUACAUCGCUUAGAAUUUGUCCAUGCCAAGCACCUCAUCUACCGAGAUGUAAAGCCGGAGAACUUUCUGAUUGGAAGACACUCAACCAAAAAGCAGAACAUUAUACACAUCAUAGAUUUUGGUUUAGCAAAGGAAUAUAUAGAUCCAGAAACCAAUAAACAUAUACCUUACAAAGAGCACAAGAGCUUAACGGGAACAGCUAGAUAUAUGAGUGUCAAUACUCAUUUAGGCAGAGAGCAGAGCCGUCGGGAUGAUCUGGAAGCCUUAGGUCACAUGUUUAUGUAUUUUCUUCGAGGCAGUUUACCGUGGCAAGGGUUGAAGGCAGAAACACUGAAGGAGCGUUACCAAAAAAUUGGAGACACCAAGAGGACAACUCCUGUAGAAGUAUUAUGUGAUGGUUAUCCAGAGGAAAUGUCCACAUAUCUAAGAUAUGUGAGAAGGCUGGAUUUCUUUGAAACUCCAGAUUAUGACUAUCUAAGAAAAUUAUUCCAGGAUCUUUUUGAUAAAAAUGGAUAUCUGGAUACAGAUUUUGAUUGGUGUGGAAAACAAUUAACAACUCCAGUGGGUUCCAUAAAUACUGCUCAAGAACCUAUAGUUUCACCCAACAGAGAGAGACAUAUCACUUCUAAUGCAAAAGGAUUACAUCAGAGGACUGUAUGGAACGAACAUAGAAGACAGACUGGUAGAAACUUUCUAACUGGACAUUUAACCCUUGCUGACCGGCAGGGGUCAGUACAGGUUGUAAGUUCCACUAAUGGAGAACUAGGUAAUGAUGACCCAACUAUUGGAUACUCUAAUACACCUAUUACGGGACCUGUAGAAGUGGAAGUUGUUUCUGAAGCAAAGUGUUGCUGCUUUUUCAAGAAGAAGAGAAAAAAGCCUGUUAGACAAAAAUGAUAUUGAGUGACGUGAAAGAUUGUUAGUUGUGUGUCAUACUUCAGACUUUGUUCACAAAGCCUUUAAAGUUUGUUUUUGAAUAAUUUUAACGCAUUUCAUCCUCCUCAGGUUAUGUUUGUAGAAUGGUAUUGUGUUCCUUCAAGUGGUAUUACAGUUUUCCUGUAUUUCCUAACCUGUUGCUAUAUCAAUGUUGUGAGUUCAAUUUCAAGAAACAUACCAAGUUUUCAUACAAAAAUUCCAUUUAGACACCACAAUUAUUAGUUUUAUGUCACAAACUUAUGGUUAUGAUCUUCAUAUUUUUCUAGUUAUAUUGAACCUGAGUUUUAUGAAACAGAUUGGGAAUCCCAGUCAAAUUUGAUCUCCCAAGCUGUUGUAUGUCACGUGCUUACUUUAACUCUGAAACAGACAAAAUAAUGUUUUUCGAUAUCAUUGUCAUGUUGUAACAAUAUGCUAUAAGCAGUGUAUUUGAGACAAAUCAAAAUUUCACAUAGUAGGUUGCCAAUAUAUUAUUUUGUUUUAUCUUCACAGUCAUAUUUCUAUUUAAUGGUUUUUCUCUUUUAUUGUUGUCAUUUACUAAAAAGUUGUUACACCUUCUUUUAAAUUCAUGUCUUUUUGAAGAUCUUUCAUAUAGAUGUUGUACCAUUCUUAUAGCUAAAGUGAAGACUCUGCAUUAAUCAGUUUUCCACUUACAUCUCACUUCAUAUUUCUUAAAACCUUUUUAUUAAUAUGGAAGGGGGAGGGGGGACUGUUAGGAAUAUCCUUUCAGAAUCAAUUUUUUUUCACUAAACAUCUUGUAAUCAGUCAUGGAGUAAUUAAACAUCUUUUUCCAACUGUUCUAUUCCCCAAUUUAUUGACAUGAAAUUUGAUAAGUAUUGCCACCUAUAAGUGGACACCAAAUAGCAAGCUAAAAAAAAGUAAUAUUUGCUUUACCCUGUCUGAAGUGUCUGUUCAUGUCACGGACACGUGUUUUCUUUCAAAAUUAGACAGAUGUAGACUUGCCCUUCUAUGAUAAUAAUGAGAACUAAAAUUAUUUGUUUCAAGUAUCAUCUGGUCUGUUCAUAUGCCUUCUUUUUUUUAUAAUUAAAUGUUUUAUUAGUCUGCUUGGUAUUCAUGGAACUGUAAAGUGAAGGAAUUAUAACAGUUUAUAUCCACUGUUUAUGUGUUAUAUAAAGUGAUUGAAAUCUAAUUUCUUAUGUUAAUAGAAACUUGUUGAAAGAUACCACAGUUUUUUAUUCUCUUUCCUUCCAUAGACAUGUUUUAAUGUAGCAAUAAGAUUAUAACUUGUAAAAAAAAAUGCUCUUGUAAAUAUGUACAUGUGUAUGAUAUUUAGGAGGUAAGCUUUUCAAUUUUUCACAGGCUUAUGUUAGUGGGUUUGAGGAUACUUAAUAAAGGUUGUAAAAUAUUAUGAUAUUUAGGCAUUCUUUUUCUGAUUAGCCAAAAAGAUAUUGUAAAAUGGGAUGGAAAGAUAAUUGUAUAUAUAUAUAUAUAUAUAUAUUGCAUCGUGCACUAAGGUAUCUGAUGCCAACAUAGACUUGAAACUUUACUAGGUAAUGUGUCUAAAUAUUUGUUCUUAAUACUACUGUGCGUGUAAAAAAAACAACAACAAAAAAAAAUGUAAAAAUAAAAGUGUAGCUUAUGUACUUAAAAGAACAACUUUUUAAGUCAUUGCUUUUUAAAUAAACUGUUAUCAAAAUGUUUACAUUUUCCUUUCACUGUUUUUAAACUUGUAUAAGUGCAUAAUAGUAUCCAGUAGUGAGUGUGAUAUGUGGAGAUAUUUGUCACAUAUUUUUUGAUAUUCAGCAUAGAUUUAUGUGAUAAUUUGGUGAUGUUGCACAUUUCCGAAGCGAUGAUUUUAUUCUACUAGUCUGCCCAAUGUAUAAGUGAAGGUCUGAUUUUGACUUAAUUGCAAGUAAAUGUAAUUUCUAAGGUUUUCAUUAUUCAGCCUGUUUUUGUAUAUAGAUAGAUUGUUUUUUUUUAUCAAGUGCUGAAUUACAACACAAAGAUUUUGCUUGUCAGUUUAGUUUUAAAUCAAUCUGUUGUAAAAUUUGUGGCUUAAAGUAAAUUUUACAAACAGGUUCUAUAUUUGGUCUAGUGAUGUAGAGGAAGGAGGAAUAAGUGUUUACUUGUAAGUACAGUUUUUAAUUGGAAACACUUUAGUAAUCUGUAGCUAUGUGCGAAGUAAGAACUAUUAAAAAGUUCCAUAUGAAUUUAUUGAUCAGAUAUAUGCAGGACUUGAUUUAAAUGAUGUUCUGUAUUUUGAAAUAUUUUUACAAUAACAGUAAGUUUAAGUUUAGGGACUCUGAUAGUUGGUUUUAAAUUGUAGUUUUGAAAUACACGUGUCCUUAAAACCAGAGGGUGAGAUUUAAGAAUAUUAAGAGUAACCAAGAAUUAAAGUUGUGAACAUCAGACUUUAGGUAGCAAUCUAUAAUGAGACAGAAGAAUGAGUUGAAAUCAAGAGAGAAUUUGAAGUCAUUAUUCAUUUAAAAAAAUUUAUAAUUAACUAUGCAGGGAUGUGUAUGAAGGAAAACCACCCAGAUUAACUUUAACGUGCAACUGAAAUGAUUAAUAAACUUAUCAAAAAAGGUUUUUUUUUUGUUGUUGUUGAGGAUGUCCUAGUGAAUCAAGGUAUGUUUUAUUAUCUUAAGUAUUUACCUUUAAGUAUACAAGCCACAUAUAAACACCAUUCAUGGGACUUCUGAUAUAUACAGUUUUUUUAAUAUAAAUGUCCGAGGGCUAAAUUUUGAUAAUUUCAAAAAAAAAAAAAAUCGCAAGCUUUAGUGGUCAACUGUUUUUAGUGAACAUUUUCUGACAUUUCCAAACACCUUCGUUAAAAUUUUCUGUUUACUUUUUGUUACUUUCAUUUGUUGAGAUAAAUUAUUCUGUAAGUAUUUUGAAAUAUACAUCUAGGUUUUUACAUUAAUAACCUUCGUUGGGAUAACAAAAUAUGGUCGGUUUAUUUUAUAAAGCUUGUCAUGCACGUGUGUGUGUGUGUGUGUGUUUUAUAUUACAAUAUGAUGUUUAUGUACAAUAGUUAAGACUGAUCCAAAAGUAAAGAACCCUGAUCUCAAACUUUAGGUAUUGUUCAUAUGAAUAAACCUGUUAAAAGAAACGUUGAAAAAAUUCAUUCAGCUAUCCUCCAAAUAAAUAAAUAAAUGAAAUUACUUUUCGGAUAGUUAACUACAUCAUUAGUGAGUAUGGUUUGUUAGUACUGAUUGAUGGCAUUAAGUAAUGAAAAUAAAAAUGAUUAGAUUUAAGUUUGUCCUGGUUACAAAUAUAAUACAUUUUGUAUUAUUUACUUCUUGAAAUAAAUCUUUAGUUUCUUGA